UCCGUCCUCCGUGUCUGCCGUUUCCUGUUUCUCGCAUCUGCCGCGGUCAAUCAGCGACGUGAGAAGUGCACGUACUCGUCCUCUCCUCCACACGGGCCUCCCUCCUCCCAUCCCUUUUCUUUCCCUCUCAAAGAAAAAAAAACAAAAAAAAACACUACGACCUCCUCCUCCUUUCCUCAGAGCCCAUCCCCCCUUCACCUCUCCGCUCCCGCAGCCGCCUCUGAGUACACGCGUGUCGGCCGCAGCGGACGCAACAGCCCAGCUAUGCGCCAAACAACCAAACUUUGAUCGGAGCCGUGUGGAGCCCCGUGAGCUGAUUUUGAUGCAGGACCGCGCUCUCCUGCACCACUUUUCUCUCGCCUGUGAACACGGAGACACGCGUCCCCGCCGUCUGCUGAUCCCUACGCGCAAGUGACCCAUCAUGGAGGUGCCCCCCCGGCCCCAGCCCCCCACCCUCCUCCUGCCCAUGGACAGGCCCAUGAUGCCCGACCUGCUCCAGGACCACGACCAGCUGGACGACCUGUUCAGCCCCGAAGACGAAGACUUUUUUGGUGGAUCAGACGAGAGCACAGACCUGCUGGACUGUAACACCUCUGUGUUCAACAUGAGUAUCUGCUCACAGGACAGUUUUAUCGAGCUGAAGGAGCAGAGCGAUGAGGACCAGAGGAAAAGUGAGGAGGAGAAGUGUGAGGAGAUCAGAGCUCAGCGACAGAACCUGGCCCUUCUGGAGCUCCUGGAGUCUGAACGAAACUACCUCAGAAUGUUACAACUCAGCUCCGGAACCAUUAAGGAACACCUGCUCAAAAUGCAGCCCCCCCUUCUGAACGUGGAGCCCCUCUUUGAGCACCUGCCCGGGGUGGUGUCUGUGACUAGUCAGCUCCUGAACUCUGUGGACCAGGAGCAGCUCCAGCCUGGAGACCCAGACUUCCUCCAGAACUUCUGUAACUCGUUCCUGCGCCUCGCCGCAGACAUGGAAACUGCCUAUAAAGAAUAUCUGUCCAACUACAGCCAGGUGACCGCAUGGGAGGUCAGCUGCAAACAGAAGGAGGCGCUGUGGGACCAGAUCGUGAAAGUCCUCAAGAGCUCUGCGCCGGAGUUGAAGGCUUCCUCGCUGAGUUUCUUCUUGGUGAUGCCCGUGCAGAGGAUCGCACGUUACCCCCUCCUCCUCCAGACCAUCCUGAAGCACACGGACCCAUCCCACCCCUCGUACGGCCUCCUGGAGCAGACCGCCCAGGCCUCCGUCUACAUCAACUGUCGCAUCAAUGAGUACAAGAGGAUCAGGGAGUUCAGAGAAGUGGCCGAUAAAUACAAGAAGACCGAGACUCUGAGUAUUAAAGACAUGAUCAACAGACUGAACACUCACAGCAUCUUUAAGAAGACGGCUCGCCUCAGCCAGCAGAUCAAACAUGAGACUGGAAUCGUUCCAAAGUUGGUGGAUGAGGAGUUUGACGCUCUGGAGGGGUUCUUUUACCUUUUGGAGAAAUGCAUCCUGGAACUUCUGGAGAACGUGGAGACCUAUCUGAACCACCUGCAGGUAUUCCUCUCGUGUAAGACGGAGGAGUUUGACCUGUACAUGGACGCGCAGAGGGAGGCGGUCUGUUAUAAAGAAAUCACCACGGCACUCAGACAGUGGAUCCUGCCCAUGUUUGAAAAGCGAUUACGUGCCCUCAUCCACAAACCCCUCUGCGCGCUCCGAGACCUCCUUGUCGGACCCAGGAACCUGAUCCGGAAAAGACUGGACAAACUUCUGGACUAUGAGCUCAUAGAAGCCAAGAGCAACCUGAGCUAUGAGGAGCAGGCCACAGCCAAUACAUACAAGACCAUGAACACUCUCCUCCUCACAGAGCUGCCCCGGUUUAACACCGUGUCUCUGCAGCUCAUCUGGAGACUGUUGGGGACGUUCAGUUGUUUACACCGAGACCUGGCCUCAGACAUGACACAGCUCUUCCAGACUUUUGCUACUCAGCUCCCUCACAGCGGGAUGAGCCCCAGUGCAUUCUGGGAGUGGGCGGAGGCUACAGUGAUGGAGGGCAUGAGGAAACUGCAGGAUCUGUGUCAGACUGUGGAGGAGGCUCUGAGCGCACCUGUCACUAUGCCUGUGCACCCGUGCUGGGCCCUCCGCUACCAUCAGCUGUGUCAGAAGCACCCACGGGAGCGGAUCUUUGAGGUGACAUGUGGCGUGGUGGGCAGCAGAGACCUGGACCUGAGCCUGAUUAAAGGGGAGCUGGUGGCUGUGGUCAGUGAGAGGGACAGUAAAGGAGACCGGAGGCGCUGGCUCGUGGACGCUGGAGGGAAAAGAGGCUACGCUCCUGCUUCUAAACUGAGACAAUACCAGGCACCUCCAGCAGAGGGCCCCCCGCCUCCAUCUCCACAGCCCAACAGAGCGGACUCCCAACUGGAAGGGAGGAACCUGUCCAAGAGCUUAGACCUAGGCCCGUCCCCCUGUGCCCCCCCUACUCCCUGGCCCCCUCCCCCUCUUCCCCCUGGCCCCCUCCCCGUCCUCCCCCUCCAGCCCCAGGGUCCCAGUGAAACCCCGAGCUCCCCCCUUAUCCCCGGCCGUGCCCGUGUUUCAGGUGGUGGCGGCGUACCCUUUCAAGGCCAGGGGGCACCGGGAGGUCUCUCUGGGGGCAGGAGAGCCGGUGCGAGUCCUGGAGCCCCACGAUAAGAAGGGCAACCCCGAGUGGAGCUUGGUCCAGACGCGAGGAGGGCAGAGCGGGUACGUGCCCUCCAACUACCUCACCGUGGUCCCACAGACAAGCCACCUGCGGCCCUACCCCUGAGACACCGAGAGACUGGACCAGAACCAGAGCCAGAACCAGAGCCAGAACCAGAAGCAGAGCCCGUGUGGCAGCGUUUGCACACUUUAAUUUUGUAUCGACUAUCAGUGUUGAACUAUCGGACCUUUAUCUGCUAUUUAUUCCGUGGCGUUUGAGCGAGCGCUAAUCGAACACAGAAAAAAGAAUGUCGAGGUUUCGUUAAAGCGAUUUCAAGUUCUGAAUCUCAAUUUGAGUUUGCACAAGUUCAUAGAUUUUAGUUUGUUGUUUUAAGACUUUCUGACAGGUUUCAGUGCCUUGUGUUAAUAUUAAAGAUGCACUGUGUAACUUUUCUGGUCUGCUUGUCCCCAUGGAGAUGCUUUUUAGACUUGAAUGUUCCACAGUAUGGCUUUAUCUUUCCUACAUUUAUGUGAUUAUAGGUGUCAUCAUUAGUGUACACAGUGAUUUUAGAUAUCUGCUGUUAUCAAACGAUUCUUGGGCCCAGACUGAAAAGAAAACAUCAUUUAUUUCCUUUAAACUCAGUCAGCGUGUGGUAAAAAUGAUCAUCCAAAUGUUUUGUAACUUGUGAGACUGAGGGGCUCUGUCAGAUCGUAACCAUCAGACAUCAGCAAUGCUAUGGCAACAGCCAAUAAAACAGAGCAUCAGAGGAGUGACAAACACACAGACUCAACAUACAAACUUGUGAAAUAUCGAAAAAUAAUGAGGUGAAUUUAUUCCUCACCUCUCUUUAAGUUGUAAAGUUAAACUACAGCAUCUCAUCCACAUUAUCCAUAGAGACUGUCCUCAGUACUUCUAAGGAUACAUUCAGACUGCAGGGCUUAACGCUCAAUUCGGAUUUUUUUUGUGAAAUCUGAUGUUUUUGCGAGGUCGUUCACAUUUCCAAUUAAAUGCGACUUGUAUGUGAUCUCCAGUGUGAACAUUAAACGACCCAAAAGUGUCGCACAUGUGCACUGGAGACACGACGACGUCAACUGCAGUGAGCAUGCUGUGUGUUUACAGAAGUUGUCCAAACACUGAGCAUUGAGCACCUGGAGAUUUUAAAGUUUCUCUCGUACCGGAGCCAGAACAUGAACAACUUACUUGUUUUAAGGACGAGAUUGAGAAGGAGAAGGUUUUGGCCGUGGUGUUUUGUGGGGCAGUAGCAUUGACGUCCGUUGAAAGGAACGUGUGGAUGUGGAGACGUAGCCAAGAGUGGUGAGUGGUGAUGUGCUUCGCUUCAGCGACACGGAGUUCAUUAACAAUUUUCAUGUGCCGAGAAGAACAUUUGUGUAUAUUUGUGACUUGUCAAUAACGUGUAGGUCGGAUGAAUGCGCUAUGGCCGUUCAGACUGAAGUCGCAUGUCAAAAGAUUGGAUAUGUAUCGGUUUUAGGAGCACAUAUCCAAGUGUCCUGGGUUGCAUUUGAAAAAAUCGGAUCUGUGUCGUUCAGGCUGUCAUUAAAAGAUCAGAUACAGAUCACAUAGGGGCCAAAAAAUCUGAUUUGGGUCACUUCAGGCUGCAGUCUGAACGUAGUCUGAGUCUCGUGCAGGUUGAGGUGAAGCUGCAGAUUAGUGAUAGUGACUCUACUACCUGUGGACAUUAUCUCCAGCUUUCUGUGAAUUAAAAAUCCUGUAUCUGAAAUAUUGCUCCACAUUUCCCAAAUAAUAAUAACACAGUUUGACUUGUAUCUGAACUAGAAGUGCAGAGCUCUGAUUUUUGAACACUUAAGAGUGUCAGAGCGACUGGUUUUACUGUAAACAGGAAACCGCUGACGUGAUCGCUCUCACAACUUUAUAUUCUGCUCCAGUCUUUGUGAUCGUAGAUUUAAAAUCUUGUAAGAUUCUUCUUGUUUGUGGUGUGAGCUUUUUGUCGCACGUUUAAAAAUUUUUUAAGAUUGAAAAUUCCUGCAAUGUGUGGUGGUCUUAAAGCUUGUUAGUUGCCAGUUGAAUAUUAUGAGACAUUUUGGGCCAGUGUUUGGCAGUAAAUCAUUUUAUUACACCAAUUUAUAGGACAAUAUGAGCCGAACCAAAAUCUGAUCCACCAAAAUGUUCAAUAUCGGUGCAGAUAUAGUGCCAGGGCAGCAGACAGGGGGACAAAGAGGUCUGUUGUUUCAAGCUCCAGGGUUUUAGGGGCCCAGAGUUGGACCCUCUUCCUGUCUAUUUAUAUUAAAUGGGGCCCCUGUGAGGUCUCUUGCCCCAGGCCCCCGAAUUUUCCAUCAACAGGCCUGUCCAAUACCUGUAUCGUAUCGGUACAUCCCUAGUUUUAAUUGCUCACACACCUUGCGGCAGACAUGCGUCUCCACAUCUGACAUGUGACUUUGCCUGGUGAUGUCAGAGACUUGUCUCCAUGGAAAAAGAUCUGUUUAAUGCCAUACUAUGGAACAUAUAAGCAAAGACCUGGAGUUUAGCAAGUGGCAUACUACCCACAUGUUUAAAGCAGGGAUGGGCAUUCGAUUAAAUUUCCUUAAUCGAUCGUCGGGAGAAUUAACGAUCAUUAUCCAUUAAUCAUUAACGUUUUUAUAUCAAAUUUAUCAUCAUUAUUAUUACUAUCUGCACUACUAAUCUGCAUAAAUUUAACUUUACGACAUAUAAACCGUAACCACUAUAGAGCCACAUCAAGCUGUUUGACAUUAUAAUGUGUUUAAUGCAGCUUUGUGCAAGUCUCACAGAAACAAAACUUAAAACCACAUGGCUAAUUUGCAUAAACUAGAAGAAAAAAAACAGCUCUUGUGCGCCGAUGCGGCACCACUCAGUGGAAUACAGGUUAGUGUGACCAUAUUUGCAUUUGUCAAAACCAGGACACUGUAUGGGGGGAGGGAGGUGGGGACUCGUCAUUGACAUUGCGCAAGUCUCACCUGGCAAAACUUUUUCCCACUGGACACCGAAACAUAUGUGCUACUUUUUACACUGUGCACAUGGACUCCCACUUGUCCUGAAUGCAAUGGAAAGCGUGGAAUUUCUUGUACAAGUCAUUGUUAAAUACACAUUUGCGCUUCUGCACGUUGCAGACUGACUGACUGUGUUUGCUCGUCCUUCUGAAUGCAGAGAGCUACAUGUAGUACAUGUUUGGUCACGCGACGCACAGCAACCUACAUUCGGUUUGUGGAUUAAAAUGAAUGUAAUCGAUGAAAUUCUUAAUGAUCAAUUAUCGAUUAAUCGACUAAUCGUGCCCAUCCCUACUUUAAAGUUACAUAGUGCAUCUUUAAACAUGUGAAACAGCUGUCAGGAACAGAUCUUGUAGGCCUAAAACUGAUCAACGUCACAACUCAAGUCAUUUUAAGAUUUAAGAUCAUCUAUGACUUUAUUUCUUUGAUUUUGUGUCUUUUUUUUACUAAACCUGUUUACGGAGACAAUGUGUUAUCUGCUUUUGUAUUAAAAAUUAUCCAGGUCCAUUUGUCUCUAGCACAAAAAUAACAUUGUGAGUUUAAUGAAGGGACAGAUGUGUUAUUGUUGUUGUUUUGGUCUUAAAUCCGUUGUCUUCUGUCAGACCUGGACUGUUCAUGUAGAUAUGUACAAAUGUAAAAAUGCAAGUAUUUAUUUAUAACAUGUGACCAUAUGUCGUUUGCCAUUUGACUUGACCAAAAUAUAUGAAGAAAUCUUAAAACUGAA